CCAAUGAUAACGCUAAGUAUUAUUCCAAGACCUUCCUACAAGUCGAUAAGAAAUAGUGUUACGUCAUGUUCACACACACACUUUGUGGACUUUGUAACAAGAACAUCACGACAGCUCGUGAUUGAAGGACACCAAUCGGGGAUAAGAAGCGUUGAUGUUUAGCAGUAGGGAAGAAAACCAUACAUUUAUCACUUAGCUUUCGUGUCUAUCAGACGUAGUAUUCUUCCUUUUCAACGACUCUGUUAAUAUCUAACAAUAUGGUAGAAACACAAACGCCUGAAUUCGUGUGGAUUGUUGUCGUAGCUUUUAUAAUUGCCUUCCUUCUCGCUUUCGGUGUGGGAGCUAACGAUGUCGCCAACUCAUUUGGAACAUCCGUGGGUUCUAAGGUUCUGACGUUGCGACAAGCUUGUAUCCUAGCAACAAUAUUUGAGACGCUAGGCGCCAUUCUUAUUGGGUACAAAGUUUCAGAUACGGUCAGGAAAGGAAUAUUUCAAUUAGAAAUGUAUGAAGGUGCAGAAAAAGAACUAUUAAUAGGGAAUUUAGCUGCAUUAAUAGGCAGUGCAGCCUGGAACAUCAUAGCCACUUUCUUACGCCUCCCUAUCUCAGGAACACACAGUAUCGUUGGUGCAGUAGUAGGAUUUUCAUUGGUGGCAAGAGGAAUACACGGAAUACAAUGGAGUCAACUUGGAUUUAUUGUGGCUUCCUGGUUUAUUUCUCCAAUUAUGUCUGGAAUAGUUUCCGUCUUGCUGUUUCUUUUAAUUCAACGUUUUAUACUUAAAAAGGAAGACCAAAUGGAACCGGGACUUAUUUCAUUACCUUUCUUUUACGCUUUUACUAUAUUUGUUAAUGUAUUUUCUGUGGUUCAUGAGGGACCAAGCGUGUUGAAAUUUGACAAAAUUCCGUUAUGGGGCGCUUUAGUAGUUGGAAUAAGUGCUGGACUGAUCACAGGAAUUUUAGUUAAGUUCUUAAUGGUACCCCGAUUGCGAAAUAAGAUUCAUGCGGAAUUAAAAAGCGUGACCCCCAGUGUACCAAUGGAAGAUCUAAGCGGAGGCCCAAAACAAAUCUCAGCAGAGGAUCAGUCAGUGUUAAAUGAUAGUGUUGUGUUAAACCACUCCUCAUGUACAAAUCUGGUGGAAGAAGAAGAAAAGGUCAAAAAUGGUACAUUAACAUUUCCGGCCAAUGUUGACGGAAUAAUUGGAAAUAUCAGAAAAGAUGAUCCUUCAUCAAAUUGUCAACAUCAAAAGAUGAACGAAAAAAUCAGUGAUGCAAUUGAACAACGAGAUGUGGAAUCAAGCGUUUCAGUGGAUGCCAGUCAAGAUGAUAAGCCAGAAACUCGUCAGCUCUUUUCGUUCCUGCAAAUAUUAACUGCUGUAUUUGGUGCAUUUGCACAUGGGGGAAAUGACGUCAGGUAUA